CCCUUUCACCCUUUAUUUCACACCUUUUCUGUCUCACUGUCUCACAUUUUCAUUUUGCUCCUUCUCCGCGUCUCUGACUCUCGCUGAACAAGUUUUGCAGAGUCAGAGAGAAACAAACGCAAGCAAGGAGGAGGGGAAGGAACUUCGCCGUCGCUGUCGUUGUCGUCAUCGUCGCCGCCAUGGAGUUCGGAGCCGCCACCGCUGCCGCCGCGACUCUUACGAAGAAGCUCUCCAACGGCUACGGCGUCUCCGGAAGAUCCGCGUACGACGGCGUUUUCGCCGCUCCGAUCAAGCUCCGCGCUCCGGGCCUCUCCUCUCAUUUCGACGACUACCGCGAGAUUUUCGGCGCCGCCGGAGCUUCGCUCGGCUCCUCGAUUCCGAUUCUCGAAAUUCCGGACGAGAGGAGAAGGAACGACGAGGUUCGCCGCUCGAAGCUCGAUUACGCCAAAGUCUUCGGCGGGUUCGGAAAUCUCGACGCUGCAGUGCCUUUUGAGGAGCUAAUCGCUGAGCCUAAAGAGAAAGAUAGCUUCACAGCACGGAGCAAGGUCAAAGGAGAGAAUCAAUCUUGCCGACAAGAUCAUACUAAUUGUUCAAAGGAAGUUCCGGUGGCAUCAUGGUCAUCCAACCAUGCCAAAAGGAUCAAUAUGUCAUACCAUAAAGUUAACCAAGGAAAUGAAGAUGGAACAAAUGGGACGACACAUAUUGCUCAACUCCGUGCUAUCCCUGCUUACACUCAAUUAAUUGAAGAAGUCAAUCCAGUGAAGAUGAACAGAAAAAAUAAGUCUAUACCAGAGGCACAAGAUACUUAUUCUGGUAGUCAUGGCAACGAGGGGAUAGAAGAAAGUGUAAAUUCUUCUAAAUCAUUCGCUGGUGCUUCACCUGAUAAUUCUAAGGACCAGUCUUCCAACAACAGAGAGAAAGUUAAACGUAGAUCUGAUUCUAUUGACCUGUUUUUUGAUGAAUGUGAGAUUAGCAAUGGAAGUGAUGGAGCAUGUCACGUCAAAGUUCCUCUAUCAGAGACUACAACAGGUAACUUAAAUAAUCAUCAUGAUGCUAUGAAACCAAUGCCUACCAAAUGCCAGGCAUCUAAAGGUGUUUCUGGUGCUGAUUCGCCAUCAUACUCUGAUGACAUGGUAGACUCAAAUUCAGAGGUAGCUGCUUCUGUAGCUGCUUUAAGAAAGGCAAUAGAAGAGGCUCAAGUAAGAAUGAAGGUUGCAGAAGAAUUGAUGAGAAGAAAGAAAGAAGGUUUUCCAGAUCGUGUCAAACGUAAGUCUAAUAUUGAAUUGAAAGCUGAAGGGAAAAAAGAGACUAAAGUCACAUAUAAAACAAUGAAAAUUGAAGAGAUUAAUGCAAAGCAAACAUUUGGAGAGAUGGAUGGUUUGCCAAAUGCUUCUUAUGAGGAAGUGAAGUCGGUGAUGAGAACAGAGCAAGUGAGGUCAGAUUUGGGGGCAAGUGAAACAUCUGUUGCUAAAGAAGCUGUACGAGAAGCACAGAAGAAAUUGAAAUCAACUCAAGCGAAACAUAAGAAAGAGUUUGAACAGAAAGAAGCAUAUCAUAAAGGAAAAAUUCUUGAGCUUAGAGAGGCAGAAAAUAAUAAGAAACAGCUGUACAUUAAAAACACAGAUAUGAAUGCCUCUGAUAAACCAGAAGAAUCCGAUCAUACAAUUGAAAUGGUUAAGGAAUAUUGGAGGCCGGAGAAUAAUGAAGACAAAGUCCGCAUGGAUAUUGAAUCAAGUGCAUGUGAAGAACCUAUCGAGGAAACUACACAUAGGUGUCAAGAAGUAGUAGAUGAAACAAAAUUGAUUCAGGAGUCACUUGAAAAUGGAACAUUGGACAAGAGUUUGAAGUUUAAUGAAAAUGGGGAAGUUGAGAAUAAGGUUACACCUUUUCAUGAACCAGAAGACUAUGAAAGAAACCUUGGUGGGCAAGGGUCAACAACAGUAAAUGGGGAAAAAGUGGCCUGUAAGCCAGAAGAAGACAGUAACAAAUUUGAAGGGUCAUUUGAGCUGGAAGAAUGCAAAACAAAUUUGAGAGCUGUUCAGGAACUGGGAGAGGUUGAGAAGAACAUUACUCAAGAGCAAAAAGGAAGUGUUGAUAUAGUUGCAGCAUCCAGUGAGCUGGAAGAAUGUGAAUUGGCAGAGAUUCUGGAGCGCAUUAACAAUGAUAAUAUGAGCAGUCAACAUGGCCCAGAUUUGUUAAGUAAGGAUAAAGACACAGAGAACCUGGGGUGCAUAGAUGAUAGAAAGAAAAAGAAUGAAUCUGGUUUUCAGGAUAUCAAUCAAGAGACUGAACAUUCCUGUCAAAGAGAAGCCACUGAUAAUACUUUUAGCAAUAUCAAUGUUCAGGAAAUGCUGGCGGAUGUUGCGGACCGUAUUCAUAAUGAGGAAGAAAUUUAUGAAAGAAAUACUGAGGAAAGUAAAUUGGAUGGAAUUGGUAUGGUUCUAGAUGCCCAAGAAAGUGAGAAUGAAUUCGAAGGAGCCACUCAACUGAUGGACGAAAAUGUGAGGGAAAGGAUAGGUAACAAGGAGCCAGUAGAAGCAAUUAGAGUGACUCAAUCUUCUGCUAGUAGUGAGGAGGUAAAAGCAGAGGAAACUGGCAAGACCACAGAAACCAGUUCAGGCUAUGAGUCAGAUGAAACUGAGAAGUUGAACAUAACUCAGGUAGCUGAUACAAUUAUUGAAAAUGAGGUAACUCUGGAAGUGAAUCCAGAGGUUCAUUCAUGUUAUGUGCUGGAUGAUGUAAUGGUAGGAAGUAGUGCUUCAUUUCAACAUCAAGAGAGAUAUGAAGAAACAGACCCCGUUCUUCAGGAGACAAAUGAUUUCCAUGAUAAACAUGCAGGUGAGACUUCUUCCUUCAUUCAAAUUGCCCUUGAACUCAAUGAAGCAGUCAAUCAAAUGCAAAGUAAUUUUGAAACAGAGACCUCUGAAGGUGCUGCCACAAAUAUUGGUGAUACUGACAUCAAGGAUAGUCAAAAUGAAGAUCAGUGCCGGGAAAAGGCAGAAAAUGACUGCAAUCUGGAAAUGCUCGUUGAAGACACAACUCCUGAGUCUGUAGAAAUCUGCAAGGAUGCAAAAGAGACUGGGGUUGCAUCAAAUGAAGCAGUAGGUGAGAAUCGAUCUAACUCGUCUAACGAGGAAAAACUGUUUGACAAUGAACACAAUAUAGAUGAAUCUCAGAUUCCUAGUACAUCUGAUUGGAAAUCAAGUCAUUUCAAAGAAGAGGAGGUUGAAUCAAGUCACAGCAAUCUAAGGGAAAGUAAUCAAGCAUCUGUAACAAUGGAAGAGAAGGAAGCAAAUGAUAACUUGCAUAAGGAAGAGCUGGAAAAGGAACACCUCAAAAAACUUGAUGAAGCAAAAGCGAGGCAAAGAGAAAGAGAAAAGGAGAAGUUAGCUGUAGAAAGAGCAAUUCGUGAAGCACGUGAAAGGGCAUUUGCUGGUGCCAGAGAAAGGGCAGCUCUAGAGAGAGCUGCAGCAGAAGCACGUCAGAAAAACAUUUCUGAUGGACGGGAAAGGCUAGGUAAAACCACUAGUCAGGCAAAUGAGAAGACACCGGCAGAGAAGGCUGCUAUGGAAGCAAAACUUAAAGCUGAACGUGCUGCUGUGGAGAGAGCAACUGCAGAGGCACGGGCACGGGCACUAGAAAGGGCACUCUCUGAGAAAGCUGCCUCCGAUGCAAGAAAUAAAUCUGACAAAUCUGUUGCAGGCUUUGGGGUUUCCCGUGAUAAUGUAACAAAGCAAAAUUUCCAUUCAAAAUCUUUCAGCUAUGGUGUUCGUGACUCUAGUGAUGUAUUUGAUGGAGCUGAUGGCGAUUCUGCUCAGAGAUGUAAGGCUAGGUUUGAGAGACAUCAGAGAAUAGGGGAACGUGUGGCAAAGGCUCUUGCAGAAAAGAAUAUGCGUGACCGGCUUGUGCUGAAGGAGCAAGAGGAGAGAAAUAGGGUAGCAGAAGCACUCGAUGCUGAUGUUAAAAGGUGGUCAAGUGGGAAGACAGGAAACUUGAGGGCAUUGCUUUCAACAUUACAAUAUAUCCUUGGCCCCGAUAGUGGUUGGCAACCGAUUCCUUUGACAGAUACCGUAACCUCUACUGCUGUAAAGAAAGCUUAUCGUAAAGCUACUCUUUUUGUGCAUCCUGACAAGCUGCAGCAGCGGGGGGCAAGCAUUCAACAAAAGUACAUUUGCGAGAAGGUUUUUGAUCUUCUAAAGGAAGCUUGGAACAGAUUUAACAUGGAAGAACGGUGAAACAGUAGUCACUGUUGCGCUGUCUGAUGGCAAUGCGCGGGGUGGCAACGAUUCAAGUGUAUUAUUAUAAUUAUUAUUAUAUUGUAUGAAAAGUAAGGUCAAAGGAAUCAGCAAAUAUGGAUGGGCUGCAAGUGGAACUUUCAAUGUAUAGCUCAACAUGUAUUGUUCUACAUUUUCAUUAAUUCGUUCCACCUAAAACAGGCCUUUAAUUAUUUACAGAAUAAUUUACUCAGAAGAUAGCUGUCUAACUAGCAAACUAAGUAACCAAGUCUUGUUGGCUGAAGAUUUAAUUGGUUAUUGACUUAUAUUACCUUUGAAAAUGUUUUAACAGUAUAAACCCUGUAUAUAAACUAUUUUGAAUUUUAUUAGAAUUUAAUUCAUGUCAUAAA